GCUGUUCCAUUAUUCAAUAACUCCUUCAUAGCUCCUAUCCUUACACCAAUUAACUUACAACCACUUGAUGAUGAAUAUCUUGGUGAGAAUCGAUCCUUUUCGUUUAUGCUUAAACAAGGGUUUUUAUUAGCUAUUAUUUCUCCAGGUCCAUUAGAAGGCGCUGUCGAGUCCGGUGCAUUCCUCCAUAAUUUCACUUCAUUUAACAUGUCAGUUGCUCUGGAGACACCAUUGCUUACGAAUUUAAAUCUUAGUAUUCUUAUCUCUUGUGGAAUAUCAUCGGACGACCUGGAAAAUCAUUGGAAUUCUUGGCGCAUUCUGUGGAUCCGCCUACGGAAUCUGAAUUUUACUCUGACUCGAGCGUUGGUAAGAGUUAACGAGAUGUGUUGA